AUGGUUUUCUCGUCCACCGUGUAUACGGUGACUCGUGGACCUCUCCGACCGUAUUCGACACCAGAAAAGACCGGCUGGAUGCGCGAUAAAAGUCGGUUCGACCAGUUGCAACGCGGAUCUGGCAAAGAUCAUCGCGCCUUCGGGGAGAAAGAGUUGCAAAUUAUAUCGAGUUACGACGAAACUUGUAAUCCUAAAUCCUGCAGCCACACCGGAGACAACGAGAAACCGGUUUGCAGUUCAGAUGGCUUGACCUAUCCCAACAGGUGCAUUUUCGAAAAAACCCGGUGCCUCUACCGAAACCUGACCAUCACCAAACGAGGACCCUGUAAGAAGCAGAGGCCCUGCCAAGAAUGGGACACUUUCAACAUCAACAACCGAGUAUACAAUAACAGGUGA